AUGACCGCGCCACUCGUCACUCCGCGGAAUCCUGCCAACACUGGCGCAGCGACUGUGACCGCCUUCCCCUUCGCCAAAGCCCGUAUGCGUUACAAAGAGGACAGACGCCCAACGAUCCCAGAGCCCCUGAAGGAAAAGUUCUUGCUUGACUUGCUGGCGCCGGCGGAGGCGCAUUUUGAUGCCAACCCGGGUGGCGUAACCUAUGCUAACUUGGCCAUGCCGGAAGCCGAUGUCCUGACUGCUCUUGGAGCUUGGUUUGAUGACCCUACUGGUGAUGAAUUGAAACGGACAGAUUUGUCUAAAGACGGCCUCAACCAAUCACCUUGUCAUCCACUCAGCCCAUCCCCCGGCAAUCACUCUUCUUCGGUAUCAUCAUCCACCAAGCUCCGCAGCCAACCCGGCCAUGUCAGCAGUGCACCGAGCUCAUCGGGCCCAGUUGGCCUCCAGCCAGAUCACGUCUACCGUUCUCAGUUGUCACCCUGGCGGUUCAAGAUCCGGUUGGCGUUGUUAGUGACGCUGAACAAGGAGAUGACAAUUCUAGAGUUGAUCCAGCGUAGCUACCGCUCCGGCCCGCUUGAUUGA